UCACCCAAGCCAGACAGACCGCGGUGACUCCAGGGGGAUCCGGGAAGGGACUUACGAGGCGCCGGCCAGAGGCUCAACCGUGAUAAAAAGACUUUGCCAAAAUCCAACAGCCAGUCGUCGCCCUGUGGAGAUACCGCCGGUGAUAUACCUCCACUCUCGAAUUAGGUGAAUAGCGAAGAGCUGUUCCCGACUCUGCCAUAACCUGGUGCUGCUAUUACGACAGAGAGCCAAACGGGAGACUACACCUUGACAGUCCUGGAUAAUUAACUCAAGCGUUUGUAGGAAUUAGUAUACUUUUUUUCUCAGUCAUUGACUACAUUUUACACACCAAGUGUGUCGUUAAACCUCUGUCCUUUUUGGGAUAUAAACUUGUUUUAAGUAUAGAUUUUUCCCGUUGCAAGUCCAAGUGCUUUAACUGGUGUCUAUCCAGUUCUGUGUGAUUAUAACAGAGACUUGUGAGGCAGUUGUGACAGUGAACGUCGGGAGCCACUUGUGUUUGAACCAUGAGCCAGGCGGAUGUAUCGACCUGUUCCGCACCACAGAGAGUUUUCCAGGAGGCGGUGAAGAAGGGCAACACGAAGGAGCUUCACUCGCUGCUGCAGAACAUGACUAACUGCGAGUUUAACGUCAACUCCUUCGGACCGGAGGGGCAGACCGCACUGCAUCAGUCAGUCAUUGACGGAAACUUGGAACUCGUAAAGUUGCUGGUGAAAUUCGGAGCCGACAUCCGAUUGGCAAACAGGGAAGGCUGGAGCGCGUUACACAUCGCUGCGUUUGGAGGACACCAGGACAUCGUCCUCUACCUCAUCACCAAGGCCAAGUACUCCUCUGGCGCACGGUGAGAAGCGCCUGGGCGCCGCCAGGUAAAGCACGCAAAGACAGGCCUCUGUAAAACCUGCGUUUCAUCUUUUCCAAUGCCAAAUUGUAUAGAGAAAAAAGACGGCAACUUCCCUUUUACCAACAAACCAAACAGGGGAUGGGGUCUCUCUCUCUCUUUCUCCUGAGGACAACACGGCGUGAUUCUAAUCUGACUGAGUAUACAUGCAUCUUGAAAAAUAGAAACGCGUUUUGUGUGUCUGUGUGCUUGCAGAACGCGUUGGUACUAAAGCUUUGUUUUUCUUGAAUGUGUAAAAUGAUCAGAUUAGGCCGUGUGGUGAGCUGUAGGAGGCAGGGAGGGUGUGUGAAACGCGUUUAUUCCGAGGGUUUGGGGUGAGCUGUUGACCUGCGCCGGUGGUGUGACCAUAAUAACCUAAAUUAUUCUAAUCAAGAUGGCACUUGAUGCUGUGGACGCAUGCUGGAAUAUCUGAAAGGGAAGAAGAGUUGAACACGGAAAUGAAGGCCAUCUUCUAUUUGGCUAAACACUGUUUUUAUUUUUCUAAACUACAUGCUUUUUUUGGUUUGGUUUGUUUCUUUUUAUCAAUUAGCCUAACGAUUGGCAUGUUUUAAAUGCGGCAUUAUGAUAUCCAAUGCUUUUUGUUUUUUAAAAAAUGUAAUCGGAGUAACAACAAUUGACUAAGUGUUGUUAAGUACUGUACACAAUAGCUUUAUUUUGUUCCUUUUUUAAAAACUAGUGAGAUGCGGCCUGCCUCCAUAGCAGAUGGCGUCUCCCAGCUUGCAGGCCUGAAUGACCAGUGUCAAGGGUCGAUGUGUUACUAAACCGCUGCUUGCGCUUUGCAUCAAAACGUCAGGAAAGUCGCAUUUGGAAUACACUUUAUAAUCUACUUUCAGUAUUUGUAUUAACACCCUGGUUAUCACUGUGAAGACAGGCUGGGUUAUUUAUGAAGGUACAUUGAGAUGAUUAAAUUAUGUUGUGGAUAUCAGCUCUAUAGCUUACGUUUAAACAUAUUUAGGGUGACUUAAGCUGCUUCGGAUUUUAGAGUGUAAACUGUCCCGCGUGGAAAUCCCAUGCCCAUAAACCCCAAAUUCCCACCCGCCCUGCGUCAGACAUCACUGUCCCGGGAAAAUGGCUCUAAUCCUCUACUGUCUGUUUGGUUUUCUCUACCAGCUACCUCGACUUUCAAAGUAUUCAAGACUAUUCAGCUUACUCCCAUGUAGUCGUUUUUAGCAACAGCAUAAAUUUCACACGAAAGAGAGAAGUCAGGUGAAUGGCAGUCUCUCCGUAACCUCACCCAGUGGCCAUCAGUGAAGCUCGCUUAAUUACAUUUAGGCUUCAAAGUUUCUCUCACUUUAAACAGAAUCCUUAAAUCCACCCGGGACAAGUCAUUUUCAGCAACCAAGUUUAGACCUAUUGGUUAAGCUACACACGGAGGAUACUCUUCCUCAGCAAGGCAUGAUUGACACAUUGUAAAUGUUUUAUUUCAGCCGAAUGCUUAUCUUGUCUUUCCAUUUUUUGUUGCAUUUUAUUUAGUUACAAAAAGUGGAAUGUAUUGCAUGACUUUAAUGCAGGGAGUUUUCGUUGCACAAAAUCUGGAGCCUUUUAUGCCCCCUAGUGCCUGGUCGGGUAACUUCAGGAGCUGAGGCUUACGAAUAGUUACUACUGAGCAGGACUAUUAACAUAAAAUAUUAUUAUUGUUUUAUUAUGAUGACUAUUACUUCUGUCAUAUGACUUGCAGGAAAAAAAAAUCUACACAUAUUCUUAAAAACUGCCUGCUGCAUUUUGAAAGUCAUGGCACCCUGAUGUUUGUUUCAAUGCUGCUUAUAUGUUUUUGAUUUAUAUUUUUUGUUCUGAUUUGUGACUCAAUGGCCAACGAGUGAAAGACAAAAUAUCAGAAUCACAGUCAUUAUAUGAAAAGCCCAGUGUAUGCAGUUAGUGUCUGUAUGUGUGUGUGUUUCUGUGUGUUAUAUGAAUGUGCAUGUGUACAUCUGUGUGUGUGUGUGCUUCUGUGUGUUUUAUGAAUGUGUGUGUGUGUGUGUGUGUGUGUGUGUGUGUGUGUGUGUGUGUGUGUGUGUGUGUGUGUGUGUGUGUGUGUGUGCAUGUGCAUGCGUACAUCUGUGUGUGUGUGUGUGUGUGUGUGUGCCUUGCAUGCAUACCACUUUCUUUUGGUGGUGCUGGAAAUUAGUGUCCAGCCCUUUGUUUGGCCUUCAAACUUUGUGAUUCUGAAUCAUGUCCAGUGGAAGAGUGGUGUGUGUGUGUGUGUGUGUGCCGCUGUGUGGCGGCCAUCAGGCGUUUCCCCAGUACCUGGAGUAACAACAGCACCUAGCUGACUGCUGACCGUGGGCCAGACCCAGGACACACCCUGACCAGGUCCGUUCCAAAGUCAGUGGCCUUCUGGGUAGCGACUCUUGUUUUGUUUUUGUGAAUUGGUCGACACACCAGAUUUGAGCAUCUUGACUGGUGUAAAGCAGAGAGAGAGAGAGAGAGAGAGAAAAAGAAAUAUGCAUCGCUUGUCUUAAACUUGAUCUUUUUAUUCUUCUUUUUUGUUUGUUUGUUUGUUUGUUUUUUAAAUAUUGCACUGAGGACUGUUCGUAAUUGGUUGACUUCAUGUCAACAUUUUAAUUUUUUUCUGAAUAGAAAAAAAGGAACACAACAAAAUACUAUUGUAUAAAAUGCUCCAGGUUAUAUUGUCUUUUUUGUGUGUUGCUUUGUAAAACAUCAUGUUUGCAAAGAGGUGUGUAUCUGUGAGCGGGUGUAUGUGUAUAAAUAUAUAUAUAUAUCUAUGUAUAUAUAUAUAUAUGAAGAUAUAUAAACGCUGAAAAAUGUUUCGGAGCACUUUCUUGUUUGAAGUGAUCCGCUCCUGUCAUUUUGAAAGGGGGAAUGAUACAUUUGAUGGUAAGAUCAUUGUAACAAAAACAUUUUAAAAAUAAUUGCACGAUGCAUAGUCGUUUCUCUCACCAUGUUGUCAUAACAUUUAUGACAACAAGAGUCAGACGACUAGUUAGGUGUAAAAGAAUUCAGAGUUGAGUGCUGAUAUUUUCUCUUUAUUUUCUUCCUGUCUUCUUUUCUCUCCUUUCUUUUUUUUUUUGUUUGUUUUGGACCAAGUUUUCUGGUUGUUGUUUGUGUUCCUUGGGGCCAAACAAGCAAAAAAGUUUGAGUUGCAUGAGUGAUGCGAAUGUUCCAUCGUGUUUGAUUUGGCUUUCUCUUGUUUUUGUGUUUUUGUUUUGUUUUGUUUGUGUGUGUUUUUUUUUAACGUUUGUAACACUGUGAUGUUUUAUGUGUGGUGAGAACAUGAGUGCUGUAAUAUUUUUUGUACGUUUGUGUACAAGCCAGUAAAGAAAUCAUUAAACCCUGCA